AUGAAUUAGCAAAGUUUCGUAUAAGUUACUCAGGAAUAUGAUUAAGUGAAAAAAAGAGUCAAUUCUUUGAAAUUUUAAUUAAGAGAUAUUGAUUAAAAGAAUUUUCUAUUAUAGACAAAAUUAAAGGAUCUGAGAUAGAUUUCUCCUAAAUUCUAAAAAUCGCCAAUUACAUAAUUAUAAGAAUAACUUGGAUUAGACAGAAAAUAAAUAAUCGAGCAUUUCAAGCCAAUUGUAGAGAAAGAAGGAAUUUAUCUAAGAAAUGAAAGGUUAAAAACAGAAACCUAAUUAUAAUAAUCUAAAAUGUGGGAAAUCUAACAGAAAAAAAUGAGAGUAAAAUUGAUAGAAGAAUUCAAUUCAGAAGUAACCAAAAGAAGGGCUUAAUAUUAAGAAAAAAAAAUAAAAGAAGUUAGGUAAAGAUAAUUAUAAGAAAUGGAAAUGAAUAGAGUAAUUCUUAAUAAAAAGCUGAUUGAAAUAAGUAAAUUAAAAAAAUAAGAAAAAGAAUUAAUAGAAGAAAUACAAAGGUAUAAAUUAAUUUAUUAACUAAGUGCUAAAACCAAAGAAUAACAACUAUGCAAUAAAUUUUGUAAUGCUUUGGUUUCAAAUGAUAAUAGUGUCAUUCUACCAUCAAUAUAAAAAUCGAAUAGUAAAUUUAGUCAGAAUUCAGCCUCAAAAUAGUAAAGAAAAGGUUACUCACCUAUCUUGAAAUCAAGCAAGGUUAUAGAAAGACCAUAAAGAAGUGAAACAAGAAAUGAAAAUUCAAUAAUAGAAUAUGAAGAAAAUAGAAAAUUAUAAUUAGAAUCAAGAAAAAAAUCACAAUCUAUAGAUUAAUUAAAUAUUGCUUGUUAAACUAGUUUUCUCAUUACAGAUCAAAAUAUAGAAAGCAUUCAAUAUUCUUAUAAUUAUGAUUCUUAUAUGAGUAAUUAAAAGGAUAAAACGAUGGAGAAGUCAAUUACAAAUAUAACAUCAGAAGAAACCAAAGAUUAGCAUGAAAAAAAUAGAUAAGUAAAUAAAAAAAUUUAAUGA